AUGCUUUUCCGUUACUUGGGUAUUCCUCUUGCUUCAGAGAAGCUCAAAGUGAGUUGUUAUGCUCCAUUCCUUGAUAAAAUUGUUGCUUCUAUUGAAGCUUGGAAUUGCUCAUCCUUAUCUUAUGCCGGUAAGGUGGAACUUAUUAGGGCGGUGCUACAAGAUGUUGAAUGCUUUUGGCUUUCUAUUUUUCCUAUCUUGACUAUAAUUACUUCAAGAAUUAUUAGUCUUUGCCCGAAAUUUCUUUGGGGCUCCAAAAAACCUUUGGUUGCUUGGAAAAACAUUUACUUACCGAAAGAGGAAGGGGGUCUUGGUUUGAAAGACAUGAAGAGUUGGAAUUUAGCUUUACUAGCUAAAUCUCUUUGGAAUAUUCAACAUAAAAAGGACAUGCUUUGGAUACAUUGGACGCACCAAGUUUAUCUUAAAGGGACUUGCAUUUGGGAUAUUCUACCUAGAAAAGAUCACUCUCUACUUUUCAAAAAACUGCUGGAAAUCAGAGAGAAUUUGAUAGAAAAUGUUGCUGUCUCCCAGAUUUUUUCUCAUGGACAGGCCGCAAUUUCAGAUCAGGUGGGGGGAGUAAUUAACCUAUUUGUGGCUGCAGGAUUACCCACAAGUCAGCGGGCAGUAACUGCACAAAACAGUGAUCGAAAACAGGAAAUUCUGGACAGAUUUAAAGGCUGGUCGACUGGAGAUAAAUUCUGCACAAAAGCUGCCUAUGAAUUCUUCAGGCCUAAAGGUUCAAGGAAGGUUUGGACGGGUGAUGUCUGGAAAUCUUGCAUUACUCCAAGGCACUCCUUUUUGCUUUGGUUAGGGGUUCAAUCUAAACUCCUAAAAAAAGACAAAUUGCAAUUUUUGGAUCUUGAUCGCAAAUGUGUUUUUUGUGGGGCAUAUGGUGAAAACGGGCUGUCAUCUAUUCUUUGA